ACGUCGACGUGUCACCAGACUCGCUAUCAACACCAGCCAUUCUGAACCCGAAGAUAUAGUGCUUGAGACUUGGAAACAAGUGACAGGCAACCUCAGUCCUGCUCCUUCUUACCAUAUCAAGGUGUUUUGAAUUGGUCAAGUGCGCUGAAGACCGCCAAAGAAGUACCUGCCCCUCAGACCAAUUACUUCCAAACAAAAUUCCCCCUUCCGUCAAACAAAUCAUGUCAGUAAUUGACCGACCCAUCCAUAUGCGAUUGGACCUAACACCAUGACAGCAUCGUAGUACGAACCUCCUCCUCCAUCUUACUCUAUCGCGAUGGCGGCUCCCAAUCUCCCGAUCCGAACCAAGACCAUGUCAACUGACUCCGACGACGAGGGUGCGCCAGCCGGUGACCCUUCCAGCACGGCCGGGCUGUUGAGCGAGCGCUUACAGGCUUGGAAGCAUAUGUGUAAAUACCUCGAAGCCUACAUUGCGGCCGUUGCCAAAGACCAGGGUGGUCGGGCCAAGGAUCAAGAGAAGAUCAUCAAGACAAUCUCGAGCCCUCUAAAGGAAGGCCAUCACUUCGACACUGCUCUUGGUGGUAUCACAGGCUUGUUCGAGAACCUCCGUUCGAAUACUCAAGCGCAAACAAAUCUUUAUGUUGAAACGUCCAAGAACCUUACUGGGUCGGUCCUUCCUAUUCUCGAACGUCUUCAUCAGGAAAUCAAGAACAAGAGCAAGGAAUUGGCAAAUGGAGCCGGCAAAGGAUCUAAAGCAGUCGAUGCUGCGCGUGUUGCGACACAGAAGCAUAUCGAUCUCCUAGAAAAGUCCGCGGCCACAUUUGACUCAAGCGGGAGUAGCAGACUCUCUGCGCACCAUGAUCCAUAUGUGUUGAAGCGACAAUCCUUGCAUCGACUCAAUAAGCAGCUGCUCGAGGAAAACAGCAACCGACAAGACUUGGUCGCCGUUCAAAACUCAUUUAAACAAUUUGAGGCCCAUCUCAUCACGACCAUACAGUCCGCAUUGAACUCGUACAACCAGUUCAUGAGCAACCAAGCCGAUCGACAGAAAGCCAUGUACAACGACAUUGCCGGUACUGCAAGCGUUAUGCCUCUCGAUUUCGAGUGGGCUGGUUUCGUCGCGCGCAACCAAAAUGUCCUCGUCAAUCCAAAUACUCCUGCAAGAACGAUGGACGGUGUUUCCUUUCCGAAUGACAGCCAUCGUUCCACCAAACCGUUGAUCGAGGGAACGUUGGAGCGUAAACCUCGUGGCGGCAUGGGUGCAAUUCGUGGCUAUACCAGUGGUUACUAUGCUGUGACGCCAGCAGGAUUCUUACAUGAAUAUAAGGACAGCGAGAACUUUCACAAGGACCCUACGCCAGAACAUUCCUUGUACCUCCCGGACUGUGUCAUUGGAGCAGUCGACGGCACACAAUUCGCGAUCAAAGGCAAGGACUCGUCAGGGAGCAAGGUUGGACAAAAAAUGGCCCUAACCUCCAAUUACCAAUUCAAGGCACACGCGGAUCGCGAUGCCCAGCAGUGGCACACCAUCAUUGCCAGUUUUGCCAAUGGAGGAGGUAGUGUUCCUACCAGUCCUGGUGAGAGCCGAAAUGUCUUCCCCAUCAAUACCAACAUGGACGCACAAAGCCAGCGUGUACCAAGCGGACCAACCAGUACAGGGUCGCCUCAAAGUGCAAGGACACAGACUCCCACCACCGCGACAUCCGACUUUGGUGCUGCCCCAAAUUACGGGGCUCCUGCCACGGGUACACUGGAAGAGCGUAGAUAUGUCGAGCCACAAGCAGACAAGCCACUGUCUCAUGAAGGAUUGGAAAGACAAGCUGGCCACAAGCCUUAGAAUGGUCCUAGAUUAUCUGGUCAUGAAUACUGUCUUCACAUGCAA